UCGUUGUCAUUCAUUUCUGUGCCGUCUCUGCGUUGUAUUGGAUUCAUCCAAAGCAAAAGCAGAAGAAGCAAUGUUGAGAGCUUGUCAAUUUCGCGUUGGAUUACCGAUUCCAAAACUCUCUUCACUUUCCACUAUUCCUUCAAUCUUCUCUUUCUCUUUUCCUUCACAUUCUCAUUCCAAAAUCCACACUUUUUCCUACAAAAAACCCUUCCAUUUUCACUCUCCUUCUCUUCCUCUUUCACCCUUUACUUCAACCAUGCCUCCUAAAGCAUCAGCUUCAUAUAGUACUGGAGGUAGUUCUGUUGAAGGUGGAGCGGAAAGGGAAAUAUUGGUGCAGCAUUUGUUGGUGAAAGAAGAUGACCCAAAACUAUUGGUUGAUCUUCAACAGAGAGUCGCUGCAGGUGAAGAUUUGAGUGAUCUUGCUGUGGAACAUUCAAUUUGCCCUUCUAAAGAUGAAGGAGGAAUGCUUGGGUGGGUGAGAAAGGGACAAAUGGUUCCUGAAUUUGAGGAGGCUGCGUUUAGUGCACCUUUAAACAAAAUUGUAAGGUGCAAGACCCAAUUUGGAUGGCACUUGCUGCAAGUUUUAUCUGAGAGGGAAGAACCAGUACUUCUAGACAUUCAACCUGAUGAGCUGCAUGUGAAAUUUCAAGAUCCCAAUUUCUUGGAGGAGGCACAGUUGAUUGAUGUUCGAGAGCCUGAAGAAGUGACCACCGCAUCUUUGCCAGGAUUUACAGUUCUUCCCCUUCGACAAUUUGGAACCUGGGGGCCUGAAAUAAAUUCGAAAUUUGAUCUUCAAAAGGAUACAUAUGUUCUGUGUCAUCACGGAGUGCGGUCUUUACAGGUUGCCAGGUGGUUGCAGUCACAGGGGUUCAGGAAAGUAUACAAUAUUUCCGGAGGAAUCCAUGCCUAUGCGGUGAAGGUCGAUCCGUCAGUUCCUACAUACUGAUUUACAUGAUUCUGCCACUUUCCUCUUCUUGCAUGUGAGCAUUUUUCCUUGCAUGAGAUCAAGAUUUUGCGAGAGGAAUGCAUUCAAUAUUGUAGCAGGUCACACUCUUUGGAAAUUUCAACUUUUACUUGAGAGGCAAGGCAUGCGAUGUUCACAAAUAAUACCAAAGGAAAUAGUAGAUCUAGAUGCCUUACCUAAAUCUUGACCAAUAAAUAUUGGAAAUGUGCUUAUUUUGGAUCAAGAAUUGAAGGCUUCUUAAGUUCUUGUUUCAAAAAAUUAAGAUUUAUAUAUCAGGUCCCUACAAGGUGUUUUUGGUUUCCUCUGCAUCUAACUGUUACUUUUCUUA